UAUAAACAAAGAAAAUGUCGGGGGGUAGUUCGUAGCUGUCGACGCUGCAGACGGAAGGUGAAGCUCGUGUCGGGGGAUACUGAAGAUUUUGUCUCUCAGAUCAUCCGAACUGCUGGAGGCUGAACUCUGAGCAGCAGUGACGCCAUGGUGCUGAAGAUCUUCUUCCCACAGUGCUGUAACCGGGCCGACAGCGGGCUGCUGGUGGGCCGCUGGAUCGCCGGCCAUGACUCGGCCGUGGUGCUGGCAGUCAUCCACUACCCGUUCAUUUCUGGACAGGUCAAACAGUACAUCCAGCAGAUGCAGGCUCAGAGUGGUGUGGAGCUGUCGGUGUUGGGUUCAUGGAGUUUACCAAAAGAAGGUCAGGAGGGUAUGGAGAGCUUCCUCAUAGACCUCAGCACCAUCUUCCCACAGGAGCGCUGGCUCCAGAUCAGCCGCCAGGUGGGCAAGACAGGCUUCACCUGUAACAUCCUCCUCCGGGAUCAGAAUGGAGUUGUAACUCAGCAGAAGGUGAAGAGGGAUGAAGAGGAUGAGAAGACUGAUGGUGAGGAGGAGGAAGGGGAAGAGGAGAAGGUGAUCUUCGUCCACUACGAGCAGAGGAAGGUGAUGCUGUCAGAGCUUCACCCCAUCGAGAAUGGAGUUCUUGGCCCCGAAACGGAUCCUCCAUCUGAACUUAGACAGAUGUUCCACACGGUGGCUCACAGCCAGCCUCUGUUCUUCCUGGACAGAUACGAUGACGGGCCGCUCAAGUCGACUCACUGGCAGUCUCAAGGUCGAGAGGCCAGCAUCAUCGUGGAGCUGCUCAAACAAGCUUCUGUCCCGCUCUGCCUGCUCAUCAGCUGGUUGCUGUCCAUGUGGACGUGGAUCUGCAACAUCCGCAUCUUCAGCUUGUACCCGCUCCGCUUCCUGGGAAGUAAACUGUCCACGUGUGUCCAGCUGAACUAUAGAACCGAACACAUGAGGACGCUCAGCUCAACCAAACCAGCUGCAGGACACACACACUUCAUGAGAAAAGCCAACAUCUUGGUGUCCAUCUUGGUGGACGUGGCUCUCGGCAUGCUGCUCAUCUCUUGGCUAUACAGAGACAACCACAUCACCAUGUUAGCAAACACGCUGGUGCCCGCGGCAGACCAUGUGGCUAAAGAAUUGGAGGAGCUGCUGCAGUGGCUGAUGGGAGCUCCUGCUGGGCUGAAGAUGAAUCGGGCCCUGGACCAGGUUCUGGGACGCUUCUUCCUCUACCACAUUCACCUGUGGAUCAGUUACAUCCACCUGAUGUCUCCGUUCGUUGAGGGGAUCCUCUGGUACGGGGGCCUGUCAGCCUGCCUGGGCCUGACCUUUGCCCUCUCGCUGCUCUCAGAUAUGGUGGCCCUCCUCACCUUCCAUAUCUACUGCUUCUAUGUCUACGGAGCCAGAUUGUACUGUCUGAAGAUCUACGGCCUCUCCUCUCUCUGGAGGCUCUUCAGAGGGAAGAAGUGGAACGUCCUGCGUCAGAGAGUGGACUCCUGCUCCUAUGACCUGGACCAGCUUUUCAUUGGGACGCUGCUCUUCACCGUCCUGCUCUUCCUGCUUCCCACGACAGCCCUGUACUACCUGGUCUUCACUCUGUUGCGGUUGCUGGUGGUGCUUCUCCAGGGUGUCCUCCACCUCAGUGUGGAUUUCCUGAACUCCUUCCCGCUGUUCGCUGUGGCCCUCCGCAUUUUUCAGUCCUACAAACUGGCAGAAGGUGUAAAGUUCCGGGUCCUGUGUGAAGAACCGGGAACGGCCCUUCACCUACUGAUGGAGAUUAACCCUCUGAAGUGCAGCACAGUGGUUCAGACCUACCGCACUCCGACUUACAACUGUUACCCAAAAGACUCAUGGGCAGCGCUGGUCAAGAAACUCUUUGUCGGGGAGCUGAUUUACCCCUGGAGACACAAAACCACCAAGACUGACUGAGAGACACCCACCAGAUACGUGUUUGAGAGAGGGAGAGAGGGAGAGGUGAGGGGAUGACGGAAAGGGAAGAGACUGAAUAAAUACUGAGAUGGCAACAUACAGAUGGAGGCAAAGGUGAAACUAGAACAAAGACCUGUCAGUGUCAUGGAAGGACGUUGGUGAGAAAUAUUUAACUCCAAGUCUUCAAACGUUCAACUCUCUGAAAUCAUGUUUUACACCAUAAGGAUUUCAACCACAAGAUUUAAACAGGAAGUAGUCGCGUCCUUCCAUCAUUAUACAAUUAUUUCCAGUGUACAUGGUAAACAAAAUUAUUUUUCACUGAUGAUUUUUUUAUAGUAAAAACAUUCGCUUUAAGUGAUUUACGAUAUUUAAUAGAAAUCAGUAUUUCUUAUUAAACAUAGUUUGAAGGACACAUUGAUUUCUUCAGCUCACGACUAAGGUACAGAACACCAGCAGACCAAAACAGAUCUUUAGUAUGUUUGAAUGUGAGGAAAAAACAGAUGAUACAUAUAAAAACUUUAAUUCCAAAUCUGCAGAUAAGAUAUAAAGGUGUCUAUCCACUUUAAAAUAAUUUGAAAAGAGUUUCAUUGUCGUUUUUCACGUUUCUAAAUUCUUUGUAUGACCAGCAAAUAUACAGCAUUUAGUUCACAUUAUAGACAUCUGAGCUCCUAACACUUUUUACUCUGCAUUUGUAGACUGACCUUUUCUUUAGUGUCACCAUCAGGUCAAAAAAUAUUAAAAGAGAUUUUAAAAGAGACAGUAUUUUCUUGCAUUUCUACACGUGUGUAAUAUAGAUUUUUUUUUUCUCAACGUAAAAGUUCGGCAGACUUAAAAAGCCAAAGGUUUGUGGUAAAGACGGCUCCUCUAACCCACAGAAAACACUGAAGCCCCUGAAAGACCUCCACCAUAAUUCUGCAUCAUUGUGACAUCGCAAUAUGCAAGAUUACCAUAAUGCACGCCUAGCAGCUAGUCUGGCACGCCCCCUAACAAAGGUAAAGCCAGAGAGGAGGACAUUUCCUCUCGCACUGGAAGAGGCUGACCAAUCACAACAUAGUGGGCGCACGGCAGUGAGAUCACAAAGUGGCAGAAGUGAACAGCCUGAAUCAACUAACACAGACAGAGUCCCACUUCAGGGAUUUGUGUAUUAACUGCUGUAGAUAGAUUUAAUCUGUUUAACUGGACAAACACUUUUUUUAUUUUAUUCUUAGAGUUGUAUUUCAAAAGAAAUUAUUUGUGUUUUAGGUUUAUGUGCAGCCAUAUCCCAUAUUUCAAUGUGAGAAAUAAAUGUGGCUCUUGAGAAUCAGUUAGCGAUAGAGAUAAACUUCUGAUUAACUCUGAUUCAACUUUUGUCUAUCUUCUCUUUUAUUUAUUUGUGUCUAAUCCUGCCAUUUUCUGGCUAUUCUUGUAAUGUUAAUUAAAUUAUUAGAAUUUUUUUUAUUAAAUCCUCAAAUGAUCUGUUUUAAAUGUUCCAUUGUCAUUUAAUAAAAUGUAUUAAUAUUUGA